AUGUAUUCACUGGCUGGGGUUGACCUAUGCAGCAUCGGUAUACCUCGACUGGCCUUUUUUUGUGCGAAGGUUGUUUGUGUCGCUCGUCCUCCGAACAGUUCGGGCGCCGCCGAAUUGAUGGCGCAGUCUUCCGUGGAAACAUUCGGGUCUAUCUUCAAGUCGAUGCUGUCUAUCAAACAGGAUGAACUUAAGGAGCGCAUCCUUUGUUUGCCUUUCGAAGCCAAAAUGUUCCUCAACAACUCACGCAUAUCUUUCCUUGAUGGCUUGCAAACAUUUUGCCGUCUCGAAAAGGCCUACUAUGGUUUACAGUUUUUGGCUACCGGCUUCCUAUUCCCGCGAAGAGAGGAUUAUGCAGCCUCUUACCAGUCUUUGCAAACGGGAUUCGACCAAAUCGCCGACGUCGCUCUGCUGGAUCAGCCUAGUCAAGAAUAUCGCAUAGCCAUGUGUUUGAAGAACAUUUGUCUGGUUCGCUCACGGUUGAUUUCUUUCUACCGCUCGGUGGAUGAAAAUCCUCUAAAGCUGUUGAUGGAAUGUGCUUCUCUGUGUGUCUCUGUCGAAGCCUGGGAACAAGAACUGUCCUUCCCAAAUGAUGAUGUGACUGUUGCGCUGGAGCCACUAAUCACAGUAGUCUGUGCCGAACUAGGGGUGUUAUCAAAACUACUUCGUGCACAGUCACGCAUCGCAGAUUUGCAUUUCAUCGACUCGCUUCUGUGCAUUUCAAAUGCAUCAGCGAAACUGGAGUCCGUUUAUCGCAUUUUCGAUCUCCCGUCAGAUCAUUGCAACUUAGCUCACCGUGACCCGAAUAAUCCCUGUCGGGCCCCACACAAACCUAUGACUUUGGAAUUGUCUAGAGUGGAUCUUGAUUCCUACAUUUUACAUAGCUACCGCUCGGUGGAUGAAAAUCCUCUAAAGCUGUUGAUGGAAUGUGCUUCUCUGUGUGUCUCUGUCGAAGCCUGGGAACAAGAACUGUCCUUCCCAAAUGAUGAUGUGACUGUUGCGCUGGAGCCACUAAUCACAGUAGUCUGUGCCGAACUAGGGGUGUUAUCAAAACUACUUCGUGCACAGUCACGCAUCGCAGAUUUGCAUUUCAUCGACUCGCUUCUGUGCAUUUCAAAUGCAUCAGCGAAACUGGAGUCCGUUUAUCGCAUUUUCGAUCUCCCGUAUAAUCGUGGAUCGCGCACGCAUGCCAAGCCACCUGCAUUACUGUUCUGGCUCACCAACUUUUACAACGUACUGCUGACAAAGUAUACAUUAUAUUGGUUCAAAGUACUCAGUGACUGCACUUCAAAUUCGGAUGAAACAUUGGAAGUGGCCGGUCUAGAAAACCCAAGUCUUGUUACUAGGGUCAUCAACUUCCAGAAUCGGACAAACGCUCUUUACGUCUCUGUGCUCUUUGAUGCCGCCUGCCAGGAUUACCCCUAUUUAGGACAUGGUUUUGUCUUACCAGGGACGGCAGGCGAUACACCAACUGGUGUGAAGAGUUUUCCACCUAUUUUCACUGCUCCUUUAGGUUCUUUGCUUCCGGUCGCACAGGUAUCAUCCGCUCUGAUGCAAAUCAGUGGAAAGCUAAACACGGGGGAAUUGGCAGAAUUCAACAAAUUUCUGUACUCUUACGACGAGAAACUGAAUCACACAUACUUUAUACAGAAGCUCGAAUAUCGUGUCUAUUUGGUGAUCGUUUAUAACGGAUGUCGGUCUCGAAAAGAUCGUCAAGUUUCGGAAUUCAUCUCUUACCUUUCUGGCGUGAUUCGUUUGACUGCAUUGUCUGCUGCAUUGCGUUCUCAUGUUUCUGCAUUCGAACGUGACUGUGACCUGGUGGAGAUCAUCUCACCAACGAAGAGAGACGCACUUCCCUGUGUUCUCGUAGAUGUCAAGUAUCUUCCAGAUGCUCAAAAGCACAUUUUGUCCAGCGAAGCGGCCAGAGAUCGUUUAGUGCAGUUUCUUGGGGAUCUGUCCUCAAAACCAGACCAGAAACGCUACACACUGAUUGCACUCGCAAUGGUUUUCAUGGAUGGUGUGGACCUGAACUUGUAUCGAUCAGUUGUCCAAAUCACCCGUCCCUAUGUCAAACACCUCUCGGUAUUGUGAAUUGCUGAAAG